AUGGCCUCCAUCAAGUCUUACAAGAUAAACAUUUCUAGCUAUAGGCUAGAGCGCCUCAUGCAAAAGUUGGCUCUUGCCGAUUUCCCUGACCAGGAGGACGAACUAGAGAAUCACUCUUGGAUCAAAGGUCCACCCGUUGGUGAGAUCAAAAGGUUGGUAGAAGUAUGGAAAACUGUCUACAACUGGCGCGAUGUUGAAACUCUGCUUAAUCAGCUUCCUCAAUUCAUGACGUCUAUAAACAUCACUGGCUUUGAAGCACUCGACAUUCACUUUGUCCACAAGAAGAGUACUGAAGAAGAUGCAAUCCCCCUUCUAUUUCUCCAUGGUUGGCCAGGAAGCGUCUAUGAGGUUUCUAAGAUCAUUGAUCCACUGGUUCAAGGCGAUGACAACACCGGACCAAGCUUCCAUGUUGUGGCGCCAAGUUUGGUUGACUUCGGCUUCUCGUCCGCCAGCAAGGUGGGAUUCGGCCUUGAGCACCAUGCGGAGGUAUACGAUAAACUUAUGCAAGACCUUGGCUAUCACCAUUAUGUCAUUCAAGGCGGAGACGUCGGAGGUCUUAUCUCACGGUACAUGGCCAAGCUGUUUGGUCCGUCACGCUGCCUGGCGCAUCACACCAACACACCGUUACCAAGCCAGCCGACCGAAGAAACCCACCCGGAGCUACACGCGCAAUGCCUUUCAACACCACUCACUGAGGUUGAGCAGAAAGGACUUGUCCGAGCAGCAGGCUUCGACAAAGAAGGUAGCGGUUACUACAAGAUUCAAUCCACGAAACCAACGACAGUAGGCUAUUCUCUACGAGACAGUCCCGUCGGCCUCCUGGCCUGGAUUUAUGAGAAACUGCACGACUGGAGCGAUGACUACCCCUGGACCGAUGAGGAAAUCUUGACCUGGGUAAGUAUUUACUAUUUCUCCACGCCCGGCCCCGAUGCCUCUAGCAAGGUCUAUUACACGUUUGAGCACUGUGACCCACCAGCCUUUGCUGCAGCUGGGGCUUACGCGGAUGUACCACUGGGUAUCUCCAGAUUUUUGAACGACCUGGUUCUGCUUCCUAAGUCUUGGAACCGGACUCUUGGUCCAAUUGUUUACGAGGCUGAGCACGAGAAGGGAGGGCAUUUUGCUGCAUGGGAACGGCCCGGUGCGAUUAUUGGAGAUUUGAGACUUAUGUUUGGUGAAUCGGUAAUCGGCUCCAAGAUCCAGGAAAGUCUCCGACUUCGUUUUAAGGAAUAG